AUGGAAGAAAAUACGGAUGAGAUAAUUCACAGAUCAGAAUAUGGUGGUUCAAUUCCUGUUGAUAAUGUACAAGCUCUUGCAUCUAAAGACUUGAAAGAUAUUCCCAUUCGUUACAUUCGACCAGAGAUUGAGUCUGAAGAGGUAUUAACCGAUGAGUCACUGCAGAUUCCAGUGAUUGACAUUAGCAAACUUAUUGUUGCAGGACAACCUGGCUAUGAUGAUGAACUGGCAAAACUUCAUGUUGCUUGUAAAGAUUGGGGAUUUUUCCAGUUGAUAAAUCAUGGGAUAUCAGAAACUAUUGAUGCAAUGAAGGAGGUUACAAAAGAGUUUUUCAAGCUGCCAUUAGAGGAAAAGAUAAAAUAUGCACAAAUUUCAAGUAGUAUCGAAGGUUACGGUCAAGCAUUUGUUGUAUCUCAAGAACAAAAACUUGAUUGGGGUGACAUGCUCUUCCUCUUACCCUUGCCAGUUCCUCAAAGGAACAUGAGAUUUUGGCCCCAAAAUCCCAAUUCAUUUAGGACAACCUUGGAUGAGUACUCCAGCAAAUUAUAUGGCCUUUCGAUAAAACUAUUUGAGCUAAUAUCUAUAAACCUUGGAAUUAAAGCCGAAGAAAUUAUCAAAGUGUAUGAGAAAUGCACACAAGGCAUCCGAAUGAACUACUACCCCCCAUGUCCUGAAGCACACAAGGUUGUAGGGUUAGCACCACACUCGGAUGCAACUGGGCUAACCCUCUUGGUUCAAGUCAAUGAAGUUCAAGGGUUGCAAAUUAAAAAGAACUCCAAAUGGGUUCCUAUCAAACCUAUUCUUGGAUCAAUUAUCGUCAACAUAGGCGACGUCAUGGAGAUAAUGAGCAAUGGAGAAUAUAGUAGUAUUGAACACAGGGCUGUAGUUGACUUUGAAAAUGAACGCCUUUCAAUAGCAGCAUUCCAUAGUCCUGGUAUUGAAGCCGUGAUCGGACCUUUAAUGGAGCUAUGUAAGGAGAAGACACCAAAAUAUAAGACGAUCGAUGUAAAGGAUUACCUGAGGUUGAUCAUUACCAGCAAACUUGAUGGAAAAUGUCUCAUUGAUCACAUGAAGAUUUAA